AUGGCGGGACGAUUUGGAUAUACGGUGGAAGUUUGCGGGGUGAUUUUAUUCAGCCUUUUUGUUCACGUCUACGGACAGAUUUCUUAUUCCGUCUUAGAGGAGGUGACCAAAGGAACGUUUGUUGGAAACAUUGCCAAGGAUAUUAAUCUAAACGUGCAGGAGAUGCAAUCACGGAUGUUUCAUAUGGUAUUCCCCUCCGGACGAACGUAUUUUGAUGUAAAUUUUAAGACAGGUGCAUUGUUUGUGAACGAAAGGCUCGACAGAGAGGAGCUUUGUCCUAGCUCUUCGCAAUGCUCGAUUGCGUUAGAAGCCAUUGUGAAUAACCCUUUGCAGUUGUAUCGAGUUGCUGUUAAUAUUUUAGAUGUAAACGAUAAUUCUCCAUCUUUUCAUGUAAAAUCAAAGAUAUUCAAUAUAUCCGAGUUAGCAUAUGUAGGCGACCGAUUCCAGUUACCCCGAGCUUCAGAUCCUGAUGUCGGGAGUAAUUCGGUGAAAAACUACAAACUCAACCCCAAUGAGCAUUUCUCCCUGGAAGGAGAGCAGAGUGUAUCUGCCGAGCUAGUUUUACAAAAGGCGUUAGACCGCGAGAAACAGUCAAAAAUCCCACUUGUACUUACGGCUUUGGAUGGUGGGAAGCCUCCACGAUCGGGUACAUUGCAGAUUGUAGUCAAUGUGCAAGAUGCCAACGACAACGCGCCGUCUUUUAAUAAGUCUUUGUAUAAAGUCCGGGUGGUUGAAAAUGCACCUCACGGAACCGUUAUUAUAAAAUUAAACGCAACAGAUAUCGACGAGGGCACAAAUGCUGAAAUAGCGUAUGCUUUGAUCAACCAAGAUGGCAAUGACAAGUCAGGUAGCGUGUUUGGCAUUGACCGGGAUACAGGAGAAAUUAAGGUACAAGGACCGCUGGAUUUUGAGGAAACCAGUGCAUUUGAGAUUCAUAUACAGGCGAAGGACAAGGGUGCCGCACCUCGCUCUACUCACUGCAAAGUACUAGUGGAAGUGAUUGAUAUAAAUGAUAACCCUCCCGAUAUAUCUCUUACAUCAUUAGUAAACACGCUUAAUGAAAAUUCCAGUAAAGGCACAACUGUGGCAUUAAUAACCAUAUCUGAUAAAGACUCGGGAAAAUACGGAAAUGUGCAUGCAGAAAUAUCUGGCACAGGGCCUUUUAAGUUACUGUCAAACUACAAAAACUAUUACUCAGUCGUUGUCGACGACGUUUUGGAUAGAGAACAAAUAGCCAAAUAUAAUGUAACUGUCAUUGCCAGUGACGAGGGGACCCCUCCCAUGUCAAGUACAAGUCUAUUCACUGUUCUCGUGUCAGAUGUAAAUGACAACGCACCUAGUUUUCAAGAGCCUGUAAUCAAUGUGUAUGUGAAAGAAAACAGCCCUAAAGAUCAGACCAUGUACACAGUAUCAGCAAUUGACCCAGACUCUGAUGAAAAUGCAAGACUAACCUAUUCUCUACUAGACUCCUCUGUUAACAACAUGCCAGUAUCAACAUUUGUGAAUAUUAACUCUGACACUGGGGAUAUAUACAGCAUGCAAUCCUUUAAUUAUGAAGAACUGAAAACGUUUCAGUUUAAAGUUAAGGCUACAGACUCGGGCAACCCUCCUCUGAAUAGUAACGUAACCGUUAAGGUGUUUGUCAUGGAUGAGAAUGACAACAAUCCAGUCAUCCUCCCUCCCUAUUCGGAGCAAGGAUCUGUUAACACUGAAAACAUUCCUUACACAGCCGAUGCCUCAUCCUUUGUGGCCAAAAUCAGGGCUGUGGACGCAGACUCUGGAUAUAACGCCCUUCUCUCCUAUCACAUUUCUGAGCCCAAAGGGAAUAACCUCUUCCGAAUCGGAACCAGCAGUGGGGAGAUCAGGACCAAAAGGCGCAUGAGUGACAAUGAUUUGAAAGCUCACCCUCUGGUAGUGGUGGUGUCUGAUAAUGGGGAGCCAGCACUCUCAGCCACUGUGUCCAUUGACGUGGUGGUGGAGAACACAGGAGAGGUGAAGACUCCAUUCAGGCGCAUGCCAAUAGCAAAUGACACCUUCUCGGAUUUAAACCUGUAUUUACUCAUUGCCAUUGCUGCAGUGUCUGUGAUAUUUCUACUGAGUCUGAUCAGCUUGAUAGCUGUGAAAUGUCAUAAAACAGACAGCAGUCUCAGUGGCUACAAUCCCCCAAUGAUCACCACACAUCCUGAUGGAACCUGGUCUUACUCCAAAUCUACUCAGCAGUAUGACGUCUGCUUUAGCUCAGACACUCUCAAGAGUGACAUGGUAGUCUUCCCUGCGCCAUUCCCCCCAGUCGAUGCAGAGCUGAUCAGUAUUAAUGAGGGGGACACUUAUGACAGGACACAGACACUCCCAAGUAGAGAAAAGGUAAACACACCUUAUUUUACAGUACAGUGUCAUUAAGAAAUGUCUGAAAUGUCUCUCAGUGGAAAAUGUGUAGUGUGUAACUGC